GGCCACUUUCCCUUUCCCUUUCCCUUUCCCUUAUCCAUUCUGUGCCUCUCUCUCAAUACUCAAUCGGAAAAAAAACCCCUUCCCUUCUCCUUCUCCUUCCCCUCCGCCGCCCAGUUGUCGUCGCCGUUGUUGUUAUUGACGGAAGCAGAGGAAAAAAAACCCUCCCUUCUCCUUCUCCUUCCCCUCCGCCGCCUAGUUGUCGCCACCGUUGUUGUUAUUGAUGGAAGCAGAGGAAAAAAACCCUCCCUUCUCCUUCUCCUUCCCCUCCGCCGCCUAGUUGUCGUCGCCGUUGUUGUUAUUGACGGAAGCAGAGGAAGCGGAAGCAGCCCAAGAUUUUCCUCAGCUCUAAGAAGACUGGGAAAGGGAAGAGGCCUGGGAAGGGCGGGAACCGCUUCUGGAAGAGCAUUCGCUUGGGGUUUAAGACUCCGAGAGAAGCAAUUGAAGCAAUGGACGCCAAGGCUAGAAGAAGCAAAAUUUGGGAUAAUUUCACUCAAGUUGAAUCAGAGGGGGAGGUCAAGCUUCAAUGCAACCAUUGCAUGAAGGUUUUUGGAUGCUAUCCUAAUAAGAAUGGGACAGUUUCACUGUCGAGGCAUCUUAAGAUGUGCAGUAAGAGAAAUCUUCAAGAUUAAUGGAGCCUUAUGUACUUUUCUGUAUUUCAUUCUAUUAUAUUUGCUUAAACAUCAUGUAAUGGUCUUAACUAUCAUGACUCAAGAGAUUGUUUGAUAGGUUUAUGAUCAAACAAGUUAUCAGCUUUUUAAUUUCUUAUAUUGGUUCUGUAACCUUAAUGAAUCAUCUGCAAAAUCAAACUUGUUUAUGAUAUAUUCAAUCAAAAUCUAGUCACUCAUUUGUGUAAUAAUGUAUCUUCAU